CAAAAACCACUACUACGCUGUUAGAAAUUUGCUUUUACCAGCGGUUUAUCAAUGAAGCAAUGGAAAAGCCAAAAUGAAGAUAUUGAGAAGGAAAAGAACAUCUUUGAUAUACAUAAUGACGAGGAUGAAUUGGAUUAUGAAGCUACAUUAAAACGGCGCUUGGCUGGACCUUCAGUUCUAAAGUCUGGUCAAGAGAGUGUGGAUCAAGAAAGGAUUAAUGAGAUUAUUUAUGAGGCAUCCAAAGGGAGUAAAUAUUUUGAGGCAGAACAGAAACGAGAUCUUGAACUUCGAAUGAGAAUUGAGCGUGUACGACAGGAGGUAAAAGAAUAUUACCGUAAACUUGAACACAAUAAUGCUUUUCAAAAAGAAUGGGCUGAACGGACUGAUCAGAUUGACACCUAUAUGCAAGAGCUCCAAUCUUGUCGUGACUUAAGUCAAGUUAUUGUACAUGUGGACUGUGACGCAUUUUACGCGUCUGUUGAAGAACUGAGAAAUGAAAAACUAAAGAACAUCCCAAUGGCCGUUGGUAAAGGUGUUUUAUGUACUGCGAACUACAUGGCUAGAAAGUUUGGCGUUCGAUCAGCAAUGCCAGAGUUUAUUGCAAAGAAGCUAUGUCCAGAGCUAGUCGUUCUUCCUUUAGACAUUCCAGAGUAUGCAGUUAAAUCAAAGGAAAUACAGAAUUUACUUCUGGAAUAUGACCAGAAUCUUUGUCCAGCUAGUAUUGAUGAAGUGUAUAUGAAUUUGACUCCGUAUAUGAAUCGAAAUAAACUUAAUAAAGAUGAGGAUACCAUGCAGCAAGUCAUUAUGGAAAUAAGAAAUAAGGUCCUGAAAAUUACUGGUGUCAGCAUCAGCUGUGGAAUCGCUGCUAAUAAGUUAUUGGCAAAAAUUGCUAGCAACAUGAAGAAGCCGAAUGAUCAAUAUCUGGUUCCAAUUGAAGCAGAAGUGAUUGAAAAAUUUAUGUCAAAAUUGCCAACAAGGAGAAUCAAUGGAAUAGGCAGAGUAUUGGAACAGGAGCUUCUCGGGCUAGAUAUCGAAACCUGUGGAGACAUAUUAAAUAAUAGAACUCUUUUGUCAUACAUCUUUAGAGAAAAAACCUUUCAGAAUUUAAUACAAUGCAGCUUAGGGAUUGGGUCCACUAUUGUCCAGGAUUUUGGUGACAGCUAUAGAAAAAGCAUUGGUUGUGAAAUAACAUUUUCGAACGCUAUUGCUUCUGGAGGUCUCCUAGAAAGUAAGCUUCAAGCCCUAUGUCAAAGUUUAGCAGAGAGUUUAUCAAAACGAGAUUUGAUUGCGAAUUCUAUAUCAGUAAAAAUCAAAACCGAUACCUUUCAAGUUCAUACUAGACAGAAGAACUUACGAGAAUACAUAUUCAACGAUACAGAUCUUUUCUGCGAAGCUCUGAGAUUAUUGAGGAUGGAAUAUCCACUACGAAUACGGCUAUUGGGUGUUCGAGCUAGUAAGUUAACUAAUAAGGCAAGCUACAUAGCUUCUCGCAUUAAAUUUUCGAAACAAAACAGUGUUUCGUGUCCUGUUUGUCGUAUAGACUUAAAAGAUGACUUGGCUGUUGUGAACCAGCACAUUGAUCUUUGCCUAAAUACGGAAACUGUGAAGAAGGUGAUCGACAAUGAAAAGAAAGAAAUCCCUCUAAAAAGAAAGCGGAACACUAUAGAUGCCUUUUUUAGACAUUAAUUUCACAUCAAAAGACAUCCAUAUAGAAUGGAGUUAAUUUACGUUUUGGAUACAAAAAGGACAGCAAGUGUACAAUGGAAUGAAAACAGGUCAAAAUUUAUUUACGUUCAAAAUUAAAUAGAAUUGCUUAUCCAUUGGAUUUCAAACAGACUGAUAACCAGAUUCGUA